GGAUUGGCUAUUUCCAGAAAUCCAAAGUCAAAAAAUCCAGUCCAACACAAACAAAUCAUCUCAGCUUCACUCUUCUCAUGGACGCUCUCAUUACUCAGUUGCAGAGACAAUUCCGUGAUUACACCAUUUCUCUGUACCAACAGGGGUUUUUGGAUGAUCAGUUUACUGAGUUGAAAAAGCUUCAAGAUGAUGGAAGUCCUGAUUUUGUGGCUGAGGUGCUCACUCUUUUCUUUGAAGAUUGUGUGAAACUUAUCAGUAACAUGGCUAGAGCUUUGGACCAGACUACGGGAAAUGUAGAUUAUAGUAAGGUAGGUGCGAGUGUGCAUCAAUUGAAGGGUAGUAGCUCAAGUGUUGGUGCCAAGAGGGUUAAAGCUUUGUGUGUUAGCUUCAAGGACUAUUGUGAUACGCAGAACUUUGAAGGGUGUGUGAGAUGUUUGCAGCAAGUGGAUAUCGAGUACAAGACGUUAAAGACAAAGCUUCAAGAUUUGUUCAAUCUUGAGAAACAAAUCAUUCAAGCUGGUGGUAGAGUUCCUCAAGUGGAUAUUAACUAAUGAGAAGAGACUAGUCCAGAAGAUGAUGACUUCAAAUUUGGAUUCUUCAGUUUCUUUUUCACAUUAUUUUGGACUUUGGUGUUUGGCUCAGAAAACUCAAUAGAAUGUGUGCAAAGAAGAGACCAAGUGAUUUCUUGUUGAUAAAUCAGUAGAGUGUGUAUUGUUCUUUUGAUCUCAUCCGAGAAUACUUAACACCUUUGGACCAAUUUAAUGUGAUGAUGAUAUUGGUUUGCUUCUG